AUGCCAGCAAUGAUGAUUGGGUAUGGGUUGGUCUAUUAUGACAAGAAGGCCCUUCUUGGAAAUGCCUCACUAUCUGGCAUGACAACCGAUCUGAAACUAUCUGUUACUGAUUACUCAGUCAAUCCAGCUACAACAAGCACCAUUAGAUUGAGCUGGGCAACGUCUAUCUUCUACUUUGGUCAGCUACUCGGCUCAUAUCCCACAACAUAUGCAAUGCAAUACUUCAACACGCGGUUUGUGCUUGGUCCUAUGGUGAUGCUCUGGGCUAUUAUUUGUGCGGCCACUGCAGGAGUCACUACUUGGCAAGGCUUGUUCGUGCAGCGAUUCUUUCUUGGAUUCACUGAGUCAAUUAUUCCAACCUGCUUCAUGGUCACUGUUGGUGGAUUUUACACGCAGCCAGAACAGGCUUUAAGACAGAGUUGGUGGUGGUCAGGAACAGGAUGGUUCACCAUUAUUGGUGGAGGUAUCAGUUACGGCUUCGCUCAAAUCAAUGGCCCCCUUAAAUUAUGGCAAUCUGUCUAUCCUUUUGCUGGUGCCCUGACAUUCAUCUUUGGUCAAACAGGACUGAACAACAACUAUUUAAAGUUCAGUCAGGUUAAAGAAGCUGUAAUUGACGCGAAGAUAUGGCUGGUUGGCUUGACCAUGGCCUCUGCAUAUACGGUCAAUGGUGCCGUAUCGGGAUUUGGACCCCUGAUCGUCUCAACUUUCGGUUACUCUACACUCGAAAGCAUUCUCUUCCAGUUUCCUCUAGGUGGUCUGUCCGGUACUGGAAUCCUGCUUACCCGAUGGCUAUGCUCGCGAUACCACAAUAUCAGAGUUAUAACUUUGAUCAUUUGCUGUCUUCCAGUAAUCGCAGGAUUUGCAGUGAUUUGGAAAUCAACCUGGGGUGAUAAGCCUAUUGUCCCAGUCGCUGGGUACUCACUCCUUGGCCUCUUUGGUCCAGUAGUGGGUCUAACAAUCUCGCUUGGCGCGAGUAACACCGCCGGCGAUACUAAAAGAAGCUUCACUGCAUCUGCAGUCUUUGUUGCAUAUUGUGUAGGGAAUAUCAUUGGGCCGCAAUUGAUUCGAACUCAAUCCAAAGAUCAGCAUUACACGGAGUUGUGGACAGGUCUGAUCAUCUGUUAUUGCAUAACCAUAGCAUCCGCUGCGACAUUAUACGUCAUUUGUUCUCGAGAAAAUAAGAAGCGAAGCCAGUUGACGCUUGACGAGGAUGAGCGGGAACGGUUGGGUUUCAAGGAUCUAACUGACAAGCAGAACAUGUAUUUUAGAUAUGUCUACUAA